AUGAACCACACCAAGGAAUUCAUCGCGGGCGAGCGUGUCUCGUACGUGCACUCGAUCGACAAGGCAGCCGGCGAAAACGGCGAAGACUAUGAAGUCAACAAGACGCCCGGCGAGCUUGAAGACGGUGCGCUUCGCGCCGGUGGUGCCCCCGUGUACACGUCGGCCGAGUGUCUCUCGAUCCUCUUCCAGUACGCCAUGAUCGGUAUCGUCUACGGCGGUGUCACGUCGAUGCGCUACUCGAUCGUCACGGGCUACUUCCAGCUCGAGACAAACGUCGGCAACUCGGCCAAGGCCCUCUUGAGUCUUGGCUGGUCGCUCAAGGUCGUCUUUGGCAUGUUCAACGACUGCUUCCCGAUCUUUGGCUACUCGCGCAAGCCGUACAUGCUCCUCGGCUGGACGCUCUGCUCGAUCGCGCUUCUCGUCAUCGCCAUCAAGGACCCUGGUGAGGAAGGCUCGCAAACCGAUGGCCCGGUCUUUAUCCUCCUCGCUGCGAUUGCCGGCUUUUGCUACGUCAUGGCCGAUGUCGCUCAGGACGCGCUCAUGCUUGCGGUCGCCCAGCGCGAGCCCGAUGCUGUCCGUGGUCGUCUGCAGUCGUUCUCGUACGCGGCGCGCACCAUCUUUUACGGUCUCAUCCAGUUUGUGUGCGGUUACUGCCUCAACUCGAAGCGCUUUGCCGGCGACUUUGACUGGGACAUUGGUAUCAACGGGUACUUCUGGAUUCUGGCCGUCCCGUCGUGCUUGAACGUCGUGGUGAUUUGGAUCUUUGUCAAGGACGAGAAGCGCGUGCGCAUUCCGCUUGGCACGUACUUUGACCAGUUCUGGACGCUUGUCCAGAAGCGCGCGGUGUGGCAAGUGCUCCUCUUCAACUUCCUCUUUGGCUUGUUCCAGUCGAUCACCUCGACGGCCGGUGACUAUAUUGCCUUGUACUGGGCUGGAGUCGAGAACCUCAACCAGCAGAUUGUCGGUGUCGUGAGUCAGUUCCUCUUUGCCGGUGUGCUCACGCUCACGGGUACCUACGGCACGCACUGGAACUGGCGCUUCGUGCUCGUGAUUACGAUCCUUGUCACGUACGCGAUCGACGCGGUCUGCCAGUUCUGCACCAUCUUUGACGUUGUCCGCAACCAGUGGUUCUACCUCGGCGUGCCGGUCCUGGAGAACAUCCCCACCGGUAUCAACUUUGUCGUCGGCACGUACGUCAUUGUCGAGCUCGCCGAAGUCGGUAACGAAGGCGUCAUGUACGGUCUUUUGACGACGCAUUCUUGA